AUGAGCAUCCUUACGGCCCUCGGCCUUCGCCGCAAAAACAACUGGGAGCCUCCAACACUACUCGACUCGCUCCUCAUUUCACCUCUCCACUUUCUCGUCACGAUAAUCUACAAUAUCUUUCUUUUCCUUCGCGGCCGCCCUUUCAGACCGCCCCGCGACAAGCCCGCAGUUCGAGUCGUCUGCAUCUCGGACACUCACGACCAUACCAAUGUCGGCCUUCCUCCGGGCGAUCUGCUCAUCCAUGCCGGCGACCUCACAAAUGCCGGUACCGCUGCCGACAUCCAGGCCCAGAUCGAUUGGCUUGCUUCUUUCCCUCAUCAGCACAAGAUCAUCGUCUGCGGCAACCACGACAGCUACUUUGACCCCAGUUCCCGUCUGCCUGAAGACCGCGGCAAGACGCUUGACUUCAAAGGCAUCCGCUAUCUCGUUCGUGAUGCGGUAACGCUGGAGUUCAAAGGCGGCCGUCGCCUCAAAGUCUAUGGAGCCCCUGAUAUUCCUGCCUGUGGCGGCGCCGAAAUGGCCUUCCAAUACGACCGCGCCUCGCCGCCUUGGGCUAACACUGUUCCCAUCGAUACUGACAUUCUUAUCACUCAUGCACCACCGAAAAGCCAUAUGGACUUGGGCCUUGGAUGUCCGGGACUGCUUGAGGAGGUCUGGCGGGUGCGUCCCAAGCUCCACGUAUUCGGCCACGUACACUGGGGCCAUGGCCGCCAAACCGUCCAUUUCGACGACUGCCAACGCGCCUAUGAAGCCCUCAUAGACCAACGCCCGCGUGGUCUCAUUCGCGACUUCUUUCCUCACUCCGGGUGGUUGGAUGCUCUCAGAGUUCUAGGUUACGGCAUACACGGUGUCAUCUGGAAGUGGUUGAUGGUCGGUCCCGGCGGCAACACCAGCAGCCUGAUGAUAAACGCCGCCCAGAUGUACGGAAACACAGGACGACUCGGGAAUCCGGUCGAAGUAGUGGAUCUAUAA